AAAUUGAUGCUUUUUGUCAUUUAGAUAUUUAUGUCAUCAAGUAAAAGAAAGUAGACGCUCAGUAGCCUAAUCCUAGGCGGGCAGAAUUACCCGAUGUAUGUGGUGGGAGGUAGCAGGUGCUCAGUGAAAUAGGCGAGGUGUGCGCAAGUUGGCCCGGACGCCAAUAUCAUCAGAAAAAAUAAGUAGAGGUUCAGUACGUGAGGCUGUACUUAAACUGCCAAUUUGGUUAUAUUUGAAGUCUGUUUACUCUGAGUCGGAAAAUCUUGCCUUCUGUUGCAAUUUACGGACAAACGGUUUCAACCCGUCCAUGACUUGACCAUUGGGGUUGAAUUUGGGGCUAGGAUGAUCACAAUAGACAACAAACCAAUAAAACUACAGAUCUGGGACACGGCUGGCCAAGAAUCAUUCAGAUCUAUCACUAGGUCAUACUACAGAGGUGCUGCUGGGGCACUGCUUGUUUAUGAUAUUACAAGGAGGGAAACGUUCAAUCACCUUGCUAGUUGGCUGGAAGACGCAAGGCAGCAUGCAAAUGCAAACAUGACUAUAAUGCUAAUAGGAAACAAGUGUGAUCUGGCUCACAGAAGGGCUGUAAGCACAGAAGAAGGCGAGCAGUUCGCAAAGGAAAAUGGCUUGAUAUUUAUGGAGGCCUCUGCCAAAACUGCUCAGAAUGUUGAAGAGGCUUUUAUCAGAACAGCCUCAACUAUCUAUAAGAAAAUACAGGAUGGAGUGUUUGAUGUAUCAAAUGAGUCAUACGGAAUAAAAGUUGGGUAUGGAGGCAUUCCUGGGCCAUCAGGCGGAAGAGAUGGAGCUGCUUCUCAAGGAGGAGGUUGUUGCAGCUAAACUUUAUUCUUCAAAUUUGAUUCUGUCCUGUUGUUAUUUAUUUGUGUUUAGCGUCUUAACAUUGAGAGGUUUAUUCAAUUUGUUUGUUUUACUGUUAAUAUCUGCUCAAAUAUAAUCAAACAUCAGUAAUAUGGGACUUGUCUUUCUUCUUUGA